UUAAUAACAGUAACAAGUACUAAUCAAGUUUUUUCGAGUAUUUUCGACGGUGUUCUGAGUGAUUCACAAGUUUCUUAUAUUUGCGCACAUCGCUGAGGAACAAAGCGUAGGUCGUUCUUAUCAUGGUUGACAGUAGACUAUCGCUCAAACAAAGUUGGAUCUGCAACAUCAUCCAGUGAUAUUCAUUAUGCAGGAAAUGUGCUACCCUAGCAGUGGGGAAUGCUGAUUGCAGGUGAUAUCAGCAUCAUUAUGCAAUACAGAGUGGUCACAUUUACCAUAGCAGCACAAAAAGUGGGAGUCAAUUAUCAAAUGCAAAAAAGGGCAACAGUAAUCCAAAAGUGCACCAACAGUGUUUCAAAUUCAUCAAAACGAUAAUGAAACUAUUCGAGUAGCUAGCGAUUGUAUUUUUCUCAUUUUUUCUAUUUAUUUUUUUAUUAUUAUUUAUUUGUUUACUGUUAUAUCGCAACCGCAGUCGUCCAGCUAAAUUGCGAGCCCUCAAGUUUGGUUUCAGAGGCCGCUGUUCUCUGUAUUAGUGCGUCAUGAAAGAAGACUUUGAUGUAGCUCUUCUUGAGGAAGAAAGCUCGUUUGACGAUGCAAGAAGAAACAACCAUAUAAAAAGCUACGUUUUCACCAACUUCGACCUAUUGUACAAGUGCCUAAUGCGUCAGACAUCAAGAUUAGGUCGAAGUUGCAUGUGUUUGGGCCGCUUGGCCCUUGUGCGUCGAUGUGUGGUUUUCCUGUUCUUCCUGUGCCUCGUUUUCCUAUUAUAUUCAGCUUAUCAUCUCUCUUCAGUUCGAUUCAAUAUUAUCCUACGUGGACCCCGACUGGAUCCAUCAAUCCAUUGUUCGUCGACGAGGGAAAAUGGUCUCCGCCUUGGUAGCGUAAUGGGAAGUAGAAGCCAUGCUUCUCCAGGUCGCCUUAGAAUUGAUGCCAAAGUUCUGCUUUUUGCGGAAACACAGUACUCACAUCUCGGACGAGAUAUCGCUGAACUUUUGGUCCACAACCGCCUAAAGUACAAAUUAGAAGUCGUAGGGAAAUCGCUUCCAAUCUUGACUAACGUUGAUAAAGGAAAAUAUGGAGUGAUCGUCUUUGAAAAUAUGGAUCGUUAUCUGACGAUGGAUAAAUGGAACAGAGAGUUACUCGAUAAAUAUUGUCGCCAGUAUCAGGUUGGAAUUAUAGGAUUUAUGUCUCCCCGUGAAGAAAGUUUAAUCGGGGCUCAACUUCGAGGCUUCCCUUUACACAUCCAUACAAAUUUUAAGUUGAAGGAUGCCGAAUUGAAAGCAGAUUCUCCUGUGCUUCGGAUAACCAGAGGUGGUGACGUUCUUUGGGGACCCUUGCCUGGGAAUGAUUGGACUGUGUUUUCCCCUAACCACUCUACAUAUGAACCAUUGGAAAUGGGCUCUAUUCAAGCCCCAGAAGAUAGUCCUGCUUACGGAGGGUUGUCCUCAAACGCCAUCACAGUUAUUCGGGACUGCGGAGAGUUUGAUGGAAUUCAACGCAUCUUAUUCGGAUCGGGCUUAGACUUCUGGCUCCAUCGUCUUCUCUUCCUAGAUGCCAUGUCCUUUUUAUCGCAUGGGCGAUUGUCAACAAGCUUGCAACGCUAUAUUCAAGUUGACAUAGACGAUAUCUUUGUCGGCCAAAAAGGCACACGUCUUACUCCUCGCGACGUCGAGAGCAUCAUCGAUACCCAGAAUCGCAUUCGAACGAUUGUUCCUGGCUUUAGAUUUAAUAUGGGAUAUUCCGGCAAGUUUUUUAACCAUGGAACAGAAGAAGAAAACAAAGGAGAUGAAUAUCUUUUACAACGCGCCAACGAGUUUACGUGGUUUGGGCAUAUGUGGAGCCACCAGCAACCACACUUAUAUGAAAACAUUUCCUUAUUGGAAGCAGAUAUGCUUCUUAAUAAAAAAUUUGCAAUUGAACAUGGCAUUCCAACAGACUCUGGUUAUUCCGUAUCUCCACAUCAUUUAGGUGUCUACCCUGUCCACGAAGCGCUAUAUGACAUGUGGAAAAAACUUUGGAACAUUCAUGUCACGUCUACAGAGGAGUAUCCGCACUUAAGACCCGCUCGGCUGCGCCGUGGAUUUAUCCAUAGGGGGAUCAUGGUGCUUCCAAGACAAACAUGUGGACUCUAUACCCACACCAUUUUUAUCGACAAGUAUCCCGGUGGUCGCUCGACAUUAGACAACAGCAUUAAAGGAGGGGAGCUUUUCCAAACGAUCGUCUUUAAUAGGAUAAAUAUCUUUAUGACUCACAUGUCGAACUAUGGGAAUGACCGCCUAGCUUUAUACACCUUUGAGGCAGCCACAAAAUUUUUACAAUGCUGGACCAACUUGCAGUUUCAAAGUAUUUCUGCCCUUCAACUAGCUGAAAAAUACUUUCGUAUGUACCCUGAGGAAUCUGAACCUGUGUGGGGGAACCCUUGCGACGAUCAGCGCCACAUGAAAAUCUGGUCUCAAAACAAAACAUGUGAUCAGUUGCCCAGGUUUCUUGUGUUAGGUCCUCAAAAAACUGGCACGACAGCUCUGUAUACCUUCCUUUCUAUGCAUCCUGCCAUUGUCAGCAAUUAUCCCAGUCCUGAAACUUUUGAGGAAAUCCAAUUUUUUAAUGGGAAAAACUAUUAUAAAGGACUGGAUUGGUACAUGAACUUCUUUCCUGUACCCAAAAAUUCAACAUCAAAAUUUCUUUUUGAGAAGAGUGCAACAUAUUUCGAUGGCGAGUUGGUCCCGCGACGGGUACACGCUCUCUUACCGAAAGCAAAGCUGGUCAUCAUCAUAAUAUCACCUGCCAAAAGAGCUUAUAGUUGGUAUCAGCAUAUGAGAUCUCAUGGUGAUCCAACAGCGCUUAACCAUACUUUCUAUCAAGUGCUCACUGCUGGGGAUGCACAACCCAAAGCUUUACGAGAUCUUCGAUUUAGGUGUCUCAGUCCAGGAAUGUAUGCGCACCAUUUGGAUCGUUGGUUGCUCUAUUUUCCUCCACAACAGAUUUCUGUUAUCGAUGGUGAGCAAGUUCGGUUAGAUCCUGUCACUUCAAUGAGCAAAUUACAGCAUUUUCUAAAAAUCCGGCCAAUCUUCGACUACUCAUUACAUCUUAGAUAUGAUGCGCGCAAAGGCUUCUUUUGUCAAGUAGUGAAUGGUGACCACACCAAGUGUUUAGGUCGGAGUAAAGGACGUCACUAUCCUACAAUGGAUUCACAAUCUGCCAAAUAUCUUCAGUCCUUUUACAUGACACACAACAUAGCGUUGGAAAAAUUGCUCAAACGUCUUGGUUAUCCAAUUCCACUCUGGUUGGAAGAGGAUUUGAGUGAUCGUCCCGUUAAUAACCAAGCCGUCGAGAUGUCAAAUUCUCUCUGAGAAAUGAUGAGCCCAGCAUUUCUUUAUGCGUGCAUGAAGUUCAAAAGUGACGUUUUCUUACCGAAAUUCCUCAUGUUGAAUUUGUGUUCAUGCGGUUAUCGUAAAGGAAAGAGAUUCAAAGGGUCAAAUUCACAUAGCUUAAUCGACCAAUUCGACGUCAAGGGCUUUAUUUCAAUAAUUGUUAUUCAAAAAGUGCAAAUUUCAAACGAGACGUCGAUAUCCAGUAGCCAGAAUGGUCUUUUCGUUUCGUUUGUUCGCUCCAGUUUGUUAAAAUCUACGUUGUCUCUGCGAUCGAAUCAAUAGUUUGCUGUAUUUAUUGAAUUUAUGGUCUUUCCAUCGUCAUUUCAACAGACGGGACAAAAUUGUCAUGCAGUACCGUAUUUUAAAUAAAAACAGCAAACGCAUCGGUGCAUGUGUUUCAAUCCUCUAUUCCGUGCUUGUCUUUAUGUGCUCACGCGUCUCUUUCGAUUGCUUUCUUUUUAAUCCGAUUUUGCAUAACCACAUAGCAGUUAAACAUGUCGCAGCUAUAAACAAUUUCAAUUGAGGAAUUAUAAUGAUUUCAAUUGUUGUGACAAAUCUGUUUCCUGUACAGUUUUCUAGAAAACAUGACAAAUGUUCCCAACCCAUGAAACUGACUCUUUUUUUCUGAAGUUGCGAUAUAAACAUAUCCUGUGCUGCCGAAAAAAGCUUCUUUUUGGAUGAUGGAAGAAAAUUCCUGCAAUCCGCUACUCAGAAAUUUUAUUGCUAAAAUUCCCGUUUUGUGUUAACACGUAUGUUUAACAAAAUU